UGAGCUACUUGGUCAAUAAAUGUGACAUGUGUGCGAAAAGGAUCGGAUGAUCGCUAUAUGCGGCAACUGCUGAGAGCUCCGUUGAUGCAAAGGCAGCCAAAUUACAGCACACCCAUUUUAUGUAAGCUGGUCAAUCAUUGCAUCAUAUUCGUGAGCUCUUUUAUGGACUGUCGAGAGAAGUGUCACCAAAAUGACAGGACCCACUGAUGAAUAUCAAGAUCUUCUGGAUCCCAGACGGAAACAGUUUGACAUAAACUUCGCAUUCAAGCACAGAGCUUCACUGUUGCCAGAGUACCAGUAUGUCACUCAUAUGUCCAAUGCAGACAUUAAGAAUAUGGUGUUGAAGUCACGACGAUUGAAGCAUACCAUAGAAGAGAUUGUUGCUUGUGAGGAUCGAACAGAGAAUGACGUCUUCAAAGAAGCCAAGGACAUCUUGGAGGAAAUGGCCCACAGUUAUUCUGAAAACAAUAUCCGCUUCUUGUCUUACUUUUUCGCCAAAAUAUUUAAGAAACUCUACGGUCACAUCUACGUCAACAAGGCAGGCCUAGAAAAGCUUCGUAAUUGCUACCGAGAUACUCCGGUUGUGCUGUUACCCACUCAUCGUAGUUACGUUGACUUCUUGCUGAUGUCUUACAUGAUGUUUGAGUACAACCUACCAUUGCCUUACAUAGCAGCGGGAGCUGAUUUCAACGCCAUGAAAUUUGUGAACACUAUUCUAAGGAAAGCAGGAGCCUUCUAUAUCCGACGAUCCUUUGGGUCAGACAGACUCUACUGGGCGAUAUUCACUGAGUACGUCCAGAUAUUGGUCAUGAAUGGAGAGGCACCGUUAGAAUUCUAUCCUGAGGGAACGAGAAGUCGAACGGGCAAAUUCCUGCCACCGAAACGAGGUCUGUUACAAGUGGUCGUGGAGCCAUUCAUGAAAGGUCGUGUACCAGACAUUAGUCUGGUUCCCAUCAGUAUCAGCUAUGACAGAAUACUGGAGGAGACAUUACAUAGCAGGGAGAUGUUGGGCAUUCCGAAGCCAAAGGAAUCUACAUCGGGUCUGUUCAAAGCAAGCUCAAUCUUUGGAGAGAAUUAUGGUAACAUCACAGUGCACAUUGGAGACCCUGUAUCACUCAAGCAGAUGUCAAUCGUCAGCGGAGUGGAUCGAAGUGUUCACAGUUUAGCACCAAGGUUCAUCUUCUCCAUGAACGCACAGGAGCAGCAGUUUGUCCAGGAGCUUUGCCUGAGCAUCCAGCUGAUGCAGCAACGCCAUAUGGUGGUCUCACCGUGGGUACUGUGUGCAGCUAUCCUAAUCCAGCGUCCAGGGUACCAGACUAACAUUCCAACAUUGUGCAGUGAGUUGGAAUGGCUGAAGGGGGUGGCUGUGGGUCUGGGAACCAAUGUUCACUGGCCAGCAGGGAGGACGGUCAAUGCUGUGCUUGAUGACCUGCUUGCCGUCCAUCGUGAUAUGGUCAUCGUUAACGGAAGAAGCUUGAGUCUCAAUGUCCCCCAAAAUGUCCAAACAAAAGAAGAAGUCAUGGAGGCUGCCGCUGUGUGUAUCAUGCUAGGUGCUUAUCGGAACCAACUCAUGCCAUCAUUGGCUCAACCAGCCCUGGUAGCUUUGUCCUUCUGUGGUAUGAAAGUUGCAACUAAAGAUGAGUUGUUUAGUCAGUACCAGUUUCUAGUGUCUCUCUUCAAUGGAGAACUGACAUUCCACCCCAAGACAACUGUUGAUGAUUUCCAGUAUGCUCUACGGAAACUGCAGAAUUCCAGCACCCUCUCUGAGAUGACCUGCCAGUACACUAUCACACCAUCUGGAGAGAAACUCAUGACGUUCCUAUGCAGUCUGUUACAGCCAUUCCUCCUGGGUUACUGGUUUGUUUGCCACUACUUACUGAGUUGCCCACCUCUCCUGGAGUCAGUCACUCCGCGGUCCCUCGCUAAGGUGAUACAGAGUGAAGUCGCAACCUCCAUAGCGGCCGGUGACACAGCCUGCUACGACAUCCUGUCUCUCAAUCUGCUUGGUAAUGCCAUCUCUUCAUUGGUCCGACUCGGCGGGAUCAGGAAAUCCAAAAGCGGGCUGACACUGAUUGCAGCUGAGAUUUCAAAAACAGCCGACAAAAUUAGUGAGUACAUUGACCUCCCGGAUAGCCUGGUCAAUAAGCCAAGCACAAAGAGCAAAGUGGGUGGACCAACGGCUAAGCUGUAGAGCUACGCCACCAAUCCAAGCGCAGCAACUCAACUCGGGGUUUUUUGGAUCGAGACUUAUGCUCACGAGAAAUCCUCUACCAUCGCUGUCCAUCUUCAUUAAGUAUCCAUUAAGAAGAGCUGAUCAUUAGUUUGAGGUACUUCCGUUUAUAUAAUUUUUGUAAAAUGCGAAAUGUAAAACUCACAAAGUUAGAUACAAAUGGGUCAGCUUACUUUCAAUAUAAAUUCCUGGCCCAUUAAAGGCAAUCGACGUGCUUGGUCAAUAACCUACAAUAACCUAUCUUUCUGAAAGUUUCUAUAUUCUCAGCGCCUUGAGUACCUUGUUUGGUAGAUAAGUGUGC